CAGGGUGACACAUCCCCCGGCACAUCCCGCCUGGGGGAUGCCCCCAUUCCCAGCGCCCGGCUCCCAAACCCCGGCCCCGCUGGGCUGCGGUGAAAUCCCGCUGGGGGUGACGGAGCGGGGCCCGGUGGCCGUUCCCACGCGGCUCCGCGGCCGUGCAGGGCCCGGUUGGAUGUGGGGAGGCACCGGUGUGGCCGGGAAGGAGGCGUUUCCCAGCCCCACGCUGGCUCCGGGCCAGGCUCCCAAAUGAGACGCCUUGCACCACGGAGCUCCCACUCACACCUCCCCGGUAUAAAACCCCGGCCCGCCGCAGCCCGCGCACACCUGGGACAGCCCGUGCUGCAGGUAAGUGACGGCCCGACCCUCGGCACGGGGGGCUCCGCGCCCCCGGCCCCUCCGCUCCCACGCUCGGCUCUGCCACGACUUGCGAGGACGCCGGGGACGUGUCCCGGCAGCUCCAGCCGCCGAGCUCCCAUCCCGGGGCUCCUUCCUCGCCCUCCGCUCGGGGAUGAGGAGGAGUCCGGGCGCCGGAGGAGAGGAAGCUCCCCCCGAGCCGAGAGCUGAGCUUGGCUUCCUUCCCCCGCCAGCUCCCCCGGACCCCGCGGCAGAGGAGAGACCCCCGGAGAGACCCCCGGAGAGACCCCCGGAGCUGCCCCCGAGGAGCCGCCAGCAGCAGGAUGGGCCAGUGCAACUGCCGCAAGAAGCGCAAGGACUGCCAGGAGCUCACGGACGUGGAGCGGGCCAUCGAGACCGUCAUCAGCCAGUUCCACUGCUAUGCCGUGAAGGGGCAGAAGGAGUACCUGACCCCCAACGAGAUGCAGGAGCUGGUGGUGCAGAAGCUGCCCCACCUGGGCAAGUGCGUGGGACCCCUGGAAGAGAAGAUCGAAUGCAUGGGAGACCCUAACGAGGCCAAGCUGGAGUUCGGAGAGUACUGGGACAUGAUGGGGGAUGCGGCCAAGGGCUGCCGGAGGAAGUAGAGGGUGGUGGGGGUCGGGAAGGCGCCCGAGGUCUGAGGCUCUGCUCCUGGAAGCUCCAGAGGCCGCCGGUCCCGGGGGAUGCGCCUGGGAAAAGCCACAUCGCUCCUGCCGGGUCUCGACUCCUCCCGCGCCGAGGAUCCCCCUCCCCGGCUCCAUCCCUGCCCUCCUUCCCGUCAGGAACUCUCCCUUCCCACCCCCAGCUCUGCCCAUGCCCGGGGAGGUGGCGCGGGGGGGUCCCGGAGCCGCCUCUGCCCGUCCUUUCCCUCCAUCCCCGGCCUUGUCCCACCCGCGGCCCCGGGAAGCCUCCGGGAGCGGCUCCCCCAGCCCCGGAGCCCCGCGGCGGGCGGGACUCGGCUCCUUUCCCCCGAUCCCCCUCGGAUGUGGGGGCUCGGCCCCCCAGCCCUGUGUCCCGUCACCCCCACGGCACCUCCGGGGGCUCCGCCGUGGCCCUGGCGGGGUUGGCGGGGCCCGGGAGCCUUCCCUGCCGUCCCCCCGGUUUUUGGGGGGCUGACCCGGGAUGUGCUGCCCUCCCGGUGCUCCCCAUCCCCAGGGACCCCGGCCCUGGGGCAGGGGCGGGCUGGGAUCAGCUUGGGCCGCUCGCGACCAUUUUUGUAUAAAUUAAUAAAGGAAAAAACA